CCGCAUAAAUUAUAAAAGAAACGUAAUUUUGACACAUGGCGUGUCAUAGAAUUCUAAUUAUGUAAUUUAUGUGUAACGUCACGUUUUUAUAUUUAUUACAUCCUGCAACCACGUGAUUUAAAAAGGAUUGUCGAUUCAUAUGUUUAUUAUAUAUACAUGUUGUCAGAUAGCUCAUGAAACUAUAGAGUUUUCGAAACUAAAAAGACAAAAAAACUUCCACGGAAAUCCACGAAUGCAAAUUAAGCCAGCCACCAUCAAUAUAAAAGCCGAUAUUUUAAAUUACACUUCAGUUUCAUAGAAAACGCGAAUGGUAGAGCCAGGUAUAUACAUACGACAUGGAGUACGAAGGCUUUGUGAAGAAUUGCGAGUAUUUACUCAUUGUGUCGAUUACUUUAAACUUUAUGAUUUUCUUAUAUUGUACAUCCAGAAGGGUUUGUGGGAUAAUUAUCCGAAGUUCAUGCAAGCAGAAUAAGCAAGAAAAAGCGAAGUUUUACUGUGUCGAUAAGAAAAAUAAAAAGAAUCGAGAACACGUGGAAAAAAUUAUUGCGGGAGCAAUCGUGAAUUCGAUGUCAAGUUUCGUUUUGCUUUCACUAGCUAUUUAUACCGUCAUCACAACAGACCUAGCGACGAAACCUUUUUUCACUUUUAACCGUGUUGUUGAAUUUGGCCUUGGUCUUCAGUUGGGUUUUUGCAUUUUCAACGCUGCUAUUUUGGUUCUAGAGGAGAAAUUAACGAAAAAGUUAUCACACGUCAUUAUCAAGUACACGAUAGCUUCCGCUGUGCUAUGUGUCAUCCUUCAUACGCAACAGUGUACUAUACUUGGCGUUGUUGGUAUGGUGAUGACGGGGAGUAUUCCGUCAUACGAAGCAAAAAAUGUCGUCAAGUUAUGGAGUUCGUAUGAAACAGCUAGAUCAAAUCAAGUGAUAACUAUAGUGCGGUUGUUUACGACCUUUCUGUGUAAUUUACUGUUACCAAUGAUAAUGCUAAUCCUUCCCAUCUCAGUCACGUCUGAGCAAUUCUUUGCGAUGAAUUCUUUCCCAUUGUCAACAUUUUUUCUUGCCGUGACGUUCUUCCCGUUUUAUAACGGAUGGUUAAUGAAAAGGAUAACGUAUAAUUUCUUAAAAGAAAGAUCGAAGAUUGAUGCGAUAAAGAAAAUUCAAGAGGAAAACCAGGCUAUGUGUCAAAUAGAAAGUGUAUGGACUAACAACAGUGUCAAUACGGAUAAAAAAGUUGGAUUCGUUCGCAUUUCGAAAACAAGAUUUAUUCGAUUGAGCUCCCUGGGCAGUGUCCCAACGUCCACACCUGUGGUGAACGAAACACCUGUUGUUACAAAUCAUGCUGCGAAUAUGGGCAAAUGGAAAACAAUUGAUCUUGGGGAGGAUUAAAAAAUGGAACUUGAUACAAAGAGCCUAUUUUAACAUCAUUAGUAGAGUUUGCAAUAUAGAUGCAGCUACUUUGUUUCCUUGUAAAGAAAACCUGUUUGCAAAGAAAAAUAACAUUUUUAUUAUAUUUUUAAAUUAUGAAUAUUUGUAAAUUAUUUCUAUAUAUUUAUUUAAAAAAAAAUUGUUCAAAACA